UUGAGUAGACUGAAAUGAGGUCCCCGUAACAUAAAGAUUCCUUCUUUUUUAUUGAAAUUUUGUAAAUUUAAAUAAAAUUAAAGCUAAAAUAAUGGAGAAAUGAAGUGAAAUCCACCACUAAAGUAUUAUACUAUACAGAAUAAUGAAAUCAAUUGUGUGAAUAUCCAGAUUCAGAUUGUAUUGUAUUUUGAUGGUCUACUUGUUAUCAUUUGACCAAACAAAAUCCGCCAUUAACAACGCAUACAGACUCACGUAAAGCUCCCACAUGUCUGCACAUGGCGGCUUUACAAGAAUCAACGAUUUAAACCCAUUGUCACCCUUCUUUGGAAUUGUAUUUCUGGUAUCAAUUCAACUGCCAAGUUUCUGAAUUCCUGAUGGCUAAAGCUGCCACUGUAUCUUUAGAUUUCUCCACUGCAAUUCUGGUUCGAGUUGAUCAGUCUGGGAAAGGGGAUUUCAAAAACAUUCAGGAUGCCAUUGAUUCUGUCCCUUCUAAUAAUACACAACUAGUUUUCAUUUGGGUCAAGCCAGGAACGUACAGAGAAAAAGUAGUUGUGCCUGCUGAUAAACCUUUCAUAACAUUGAGCGGAACAAAAGCCUCUAACACCGAAAUAACAUGGAAUGAUGGUGAAGAACUUUUUGAGUCUCCGACUCUUGCUGUCUUGGCUUCUGAUUUUGUAGGACGAUAUGUCACAGUUCAGAACACGUUUGGGACAAGUGGGAGGGGCGUUGCAAUGAGGGUUUCAGGAAGAGCUGCAUUCUAUGGCUGCAAAAUUGUAUCUUAUCAAGACUCUCUCCUUGAUGACACGGGAAAUCAUUACUAUAAAAAUUGUUACAUUGAAGGAGCCACAGAUUUCAUAUGUGGAAAUGCUGCUUCUCUCUAUGAGAGAUGCCAUCUGCAUUCAGUUUCCGAGAGAAAUGGAUCAAUCACGGCCCAAAAAAGGUCGUCUGCAUCGGAGAAUACUGGCUUCACUUUCUUGGGUUGCAGGGUUACUGGGAGUGGAAGUGCCUUGCUCGGAAGGCCAUGGGGUGCCUACUCAAGAGUACUCUUUGCUCAAACUUACAUGUCAAGUGUCAUCAGUAAACAAGGUUGGAAUGAUUGGGGAAAUGAAAGCAAUCAAAGUAGGGUGUACUAUGGUGAAUACAAGUGCUAUGGUCCUGGAGCUGAAAGAUCAGAGAGGGUUAGAUGGUCACAUAGUCUAUCAGAUGAUGAAGCUGCAGCCUUCUUGACAAAGGACAUUAUAGGAGGGAAAGAUUGGCUCAGACCACCACCCACCCACUUCACAAGACUCCCAACAAUCACCUCUCACAAUAUCCAGACUUUGGAAUAAUUUAAAAGAUAUUGUUGAAUUCAUUUGCAAAUUACACUUCUAACUAGGAGAUAGUGCAAAUUGUAUUAAGAUGCAAGAAAAAUAUUGAUAUUAUAAAGGAUUUCAUUUGAAAUUAGAAUAAUAUAUUUUAAGUUUGAUAGAA